CGGAAGAUCAGCAUUGCUCUUCUUAAUUAGAACCUAUAUUAUAACCCCCAUUGUUUUUGUGUUGAAACCCUAAACCGAUCCUGAAUGCGAGUUACACAAAUGUCACUUCCUCUCAUCCUUCAAAACUUGCUAUAAAUAGAAACCAGAAGCUUAGCUAAUAUAUAUAAGCCCUCGGAAAGAGGAAAUUAGAUAGUGAGAGAUAGAGAGAGAAACAAAAAAGAAGAAGAAGGAAGAGAGGAAAAGCAACCUCUGUUUACUUGUGCUUAAAAACCAAAUCUCUGAUUGCCCAACGUCCAUUUUAACCCACUGUUUCGAUCUGCACACCUCUCUCUCUCUCUCUCUCUCUCUCUCUCUCUCUCUCUCUCUCUCUCUCUCUCUCUGAAACCCAAAGCCACACACACCAUUUGUUCUUUUCUCUCUUCAUCUUCCAGUGUUUUCACUUCUUUUCCUUUUUCUAGGCUGCGUUAGCCAAUUGAGAGCCCAGAACAAGAAAAAAGGGGAAGGAAAAAGAAAUGACUAUGGACGUCGAGGAGGCAGCUGGGAAAACAAUGGCCAAGGCCUGUGGGCCAAUGGCAGGUGGUGUGGAAGGAGUCGGGUCGGGUGGGUUAUCGGCGUGCGUGCGGAAUCUUCAGGGAGCAGUGAACAGGAAACGUCGGAUGCCGAGGCUGAGACGCUCGUCGUCUUCCUUCAGCCUCCUCUCAGCUCUCCCUCUCCCUUCGCGCGUGCGUAUCCCUCCCCCUCCCCCCGCACGUAAAAUCGACCGGACAAGGCUGCGGUUUCUCUUCGAAAAGGAGCUCAAGAACAGUGACGUCAGCUCCCUCCGCAGAAUGAUACUCCCCAAGAAAGCGGCGGAGGCUCACCUUCCGGCUCUAGAGUUCAAGGAAGGGAUGUUCAUAAACAUGGACGACUUGGACGGUCUCCAUGUCUGGUGCUUCAAGUACAGGUAUUGGCCAAAUAACAAUAGCAGGAUGUAUGUACUUGAAAACACCGGUGACUUUGUGAAUGCACAUGGGUUGCACCUAGGGGACUACAUCAUGGUCUACAAGGAUAACCAAACCCACAAUUAUGUGAUACAAGCGAGAAAGGCAUCGGAAAGAGAAGAAGAGGAAGACGACGACGACGUAGACGUAGACGUAUACACGGGCCUCGCAAGGAUAGAGGAGAACACGGUUAAUAACCACGGCCUGUGCCUCGGACAGGACUACGAAGUGGUGGUAGAUGUCGGGAAGUCGAGCUGCUGCAGGAGCUACUACCCCGUCAUGGACAGCGACCACAGGGACAGCGGUGCGGCCGCAAUGUCGUUCGUGUACGACACGACAAAGCUGUCGAACGACAGUCCACUUGAUUUCUUGGGAGGAUCCAUGACCAACUGCACUCACUCCAGGUUCGGUUCCUUUGAGGCCUUUGGCUCCGUUGAUAACCUCUCCCUCGAUGACUUCUACUAAAGAAGCUUUACAUAUAUAUAUAUAUAUAUAUAUAUAUAUAUAUAUAUUAUAUAUGCAUGUAUGUAUGUAUCCAUCCUCCAAGUGUUUUAUAUAGUAUAUAUACGCUACAAUAAUGCAUUUUGCGUGGGUUAUAAAUUUUCGUCCGACAUGUAUCUCUUUUUAUAUAUAUAUAUAUGUAUACAUAUACAUGUGUGUGUACUUCGAAUUAUAACAUUAUGCUUAACAUGAUCUGUUUUUAUAUUUGUGUCCAUUUAU